AUGGAGCUGGACUACUACAAGAUCAUAGGCGUGGACAAGGGUGGCAUCGACGAUGACCUCAAGAAGGCCUACCACAAGCUCGCCAUGAAGUGGCACCCAGACAAGAACCCCAACAACAAGAAGGAGGCCGAGAACAAGUUCAAGCAAAUCUCAGAGGCAUAUGAGAAGUGUGCGGCGUAUGACCAGUACGUCAAGGAGGGGCUGAAGGGUCAGGUGCCGCCACCAGGCACUGGCGGGGUGGGCCCUGGGGGGCACGACGUUCUUCUCCACCGGCGGCAACGGGCCGAUGAUGUUCCGAUUUCAAAUGAGUUUGAAUAG